UCAAAGACAGUAGGAAAAUCAAGAUGCCCAAUGCACAUUUCUUCAAUUAACACUCAUUCAACACUCUCCUAGGAGCUGACAGAUCCCUUCAACUAUCUUCACCUCCAAAAACUCGUCUCCCAGAAUACUUGUAUCGUUGACUGGAAACAGAAGGCUAGGUGAGGGGAUAGAUGAGGUAAGGAUGGCAGAGGGAGACGAGAGAUGGUGUGUUGUGACAGGUGGUAGGGGUUUUGCUGCACGGCAUUUGGUGGAAAUGCUCAUCCAAUCUGGAGAAUGGUUGGUUCGGAUUGCUGAUCUGGCCCCCUCGAUCAAGCUUGAUCCAUCUGAAGAGGAGGGAGUCCUGGGGGACGCUCUUCAAUCGGGAAGAGCAAUGUAUGUUUCUGCAGAUCUUCGAAACAAGGCCCAAGUGGCUAAAGCAUGUCAAGGGGCAGAAGCUGUUUUCCACAUGGCAGCUCCUGAUUCCUCCAUCAACAGCUACCAGCUUCAUUAUUCUGUUAACGUCGAAGGAACUAAGAAUGUUAUCGAUGCUUGUAUUGAGUGCAAAGUAAAGAGGCUCGUCUACACGAGCUCUCCAAGCGUGGUCUUUGAUGGUGUUCAUGGAAUACAUAAUGGGGACGAGUCAAUGCCUUAUCCUGAUAAGCAUAAUGAUUCUUAUUCAGCAACUAAAGCUGAAGCAGAAGCUUUGGUCAUAAAGUCAAACGGUAAGAAUGGGCUUUUGACAUGCUGUAUCCGUCCAAGUAGCAUUUUUGGUCCUGGUGAUAAGUUGAUGGUGCCAUCCAUAGUUGCAGCUGCAAGGGCUGGGAAGUCUAAGUACAUCAUUGGUGAUGGCAAUAACAUGUACGAUUUCACAUAUGUUGAAAAUGUGGCACAUGCCCAUUUAUGCGCUGAGAAAGCUCUAGCUUCAGAAGAUGCGGGUGCAGUGCGAGCAGCUGGUCAGGCAUAUUUUGUAACUAAUAUGGAACCGAUUAAAUUUUGGGAGUUCAUGUCAUUGAUUCUUGAAGGUCUUGGCUAUGAAAGGCCAAGAAUCAAAAUCCCUGCCCCUGUUAUGAUGCCAGUAGCAUACAUGGUGGAAUGGGUGUACAAGAUGCUGGCACCUUACGGGAUGCGUGUACCUCAGCUGAUACCUUCGAGAAUCAGACUUCUAUCCUGUAACAGAACUUUCAGUUGUUCAAAGGCAAAGGACCAGCUUGGUUAUAUGCCUAUCGUAUCACUUAAGGAGGGUCUGAAGAGGACGGUGGAGUCAUACUCACAUCUGAGAGCUGAACUACAUGUUAAAAGAAGGGACACUGAUCAGCCAUCUAAAGCUUCUAUAUACCUUGGAAGUGGAAAGGUUGCGGACACACUUCUAUGGAAAGAUAAGAAGCAGACGCUCACGACAUUGCUCGCGUUGAUUGCCAUUUAUUAUCACUUCUUUACACCUGGAUACACGAUCAUAACAGCUAUUGCGAAGAUUCUCAUGUGGGCAACUCUGUUCUUGUUCAUCCAGAGCAUUCUACCUGCAAAAAUAUUGGGAUAUAAACUUGAGAAAAUUCCUGCUUCGUGGUUCCAUUUCUCGGAAGAGAAGACACGGCGCAUUGCUUUGUCUCUGGGGUCCACUUGGAAUUCUGCGGUUGGUGUUCUAAAAGCUAUUUGCAGGGGGAAGGACUGGACGCUAUUCUUCAAGGUGGUUGUCAUCCUUUUGAUUCUCAACUUCCUUGGAAGAAUUUCAUUCCACAGCAUUUUUGUCACAGGAGUGCCCUUUGUCUUUGUAGCUUUCUAUGUUUAUGAGAAAAGGGAGGAAGAAAUUGAUGGGUUAGUCUAUCAAGCUCUCUCGUUUGCAUUGAAGCUGAAGUCUGAUGUCAUGAGAAAAUUUGUGACCUCCAAGCAAUCUGCUGCGGCUCAGUAAUUGGAUUUCUCCAUGGGGCAUGUGAGGUUCUCUAAUCCCACGUGCACCUACCUCUCUCAUGUACGCCUACGUGCAGGCUAACGUGUGGGACAUCCAAUCUUUCCAUCAGUUGGGCCCCACUAUAAAAUGCCCUAAUUCAUAGUUCAGGCAGGCACACCCAUUGGGUGGGCCACGGGUCUAAAAGAAAUACAUGCUGUCGGAUGAUAUUCAGGUACUGUCACACACCCACUAGUGUGGGUACAGUUGUUGGGAGGGCUAGCCUUUUUCUUUGGACCCAUUUGCCGUGAUGGUGGGGAUUUCCUUAGUUGGGAUGUUGUAACAGGGGUUUGCACGUGGAUGUAGGAUUUGCAAACCUCUGGGUGGUGUCAUUGGCGUCUGGUCCCAUCUGCAACCAUGCUUUAACACAGUUUUAAAUUCGGAGGCGGUUGCAAAUGCUUUAGAUGUUGGUAUUGAGUACAGAGUUGCUUACUGCUCAGUGUGACACAUGUUUAACUUAUCCGUCCGUUUGCUUGUGGUCCGUCAUCGGUUCUGCCCGGUUCUUUGGACUGAGUUCUUUCCCCCACUAUGUUUUCCAAACACAUCCAUUUCUCAUUGUGUUAUUCUUUUUAUCUGAGACAGUUUAGAUUUCUGAUUA